GUGGGGCAGUACAGUUCUGUCUCGGUGUUUCUGCCCCUCGGUGGUGUAAGUGGUGUGUGUGUGUGUGUGUGUGUAUGUGUGUGUGUGUGUGUGUGUGGAUUGUGCGCGGAAACUGGGAGAGAAAUUGCAGCUGGAGCGCGAGCGGCCGAGUCCCAGAGUAAAGAUGAAGCUCAAGCUGUAAGACACCUGAGCAGGCGUUCCUCACUGAGAGAGAAACCGGAAAGAAAGCACAAGGAAGAGAGAGAGAGAGAGAGAGAGAGAGAGAGAGAGAGACCUAGAGGAAGGAAAGGCCAUCUGUUAAACACAUCAAGACAGAAGUCUCAGUAAGACCUCUGUGUUUUCUGUUGAGGAGAAAUGAUCUGGAGUGCAGUUUGGAGGCCUGUCAUUAGGCCACAGGGCGUCACGCUGAGGUACCGAUAGCCUCGCCGCUAACGCUACAAUUACUGCCUUAAAAAUGGGACACAGCUAAUGGAAAUCAUUUGAUCUUCUGGCCUGAACUUUGGUGGAAUCAGCAGUAUUUGAUGUUCCCACUGUAUUACUGUAAGUCUCAGCAAAAGUAGUGUUUGUUAGCCGCUGUUUCGGGCCCGAUAACUUUAUCUGGUUAAUUUAUUGACUAGUUUACAAGAUGGCGGCAACGUAUCGGAUUGUGGUCAGCAGUAUAAACUACUAUAACAGUGUCGUUGUUGACCGACGUGUUCAGCAGACCGUGCAUUACUGUAACGGACCAUGCGGAGCUAUAAAACAUGGACUUAGCUGCACUGUGGCGCAUCGUAGCACCUGCGCAGAAAUCCUGGACUCCUCUCAGAUGUAUGGCGAUCGCUCGAUGGGCUACCACGAGUCUGCGUCUAAAAUGCUCGAGAACGGUGGAUGUGGCCAUGUCGGAUUUGGUGAGGAUUUCCAUUAUCAGGUCAUUCCACGAGUGAAGAAAGGAUCCACAAUCCAGAGCUCAACAAGCCUGAAGGAUAUCACUGGUGAGGCGAUCAACUUGGCCAGCGGGAAGAUGAAGGAGUUCUCCUUUGAGAAGGUGAAAUACUCCUCUAGUCACGUGACCUUUAGAAAAGGCAGAAAAGUAAGGCCAGACUCAUUUAGCCGAAGGUCUGCUGACCUCGAUGUCAUCUACGGGCACUUUGGAAACGACGAAAACUGUCCACCUCAGAAAUCAACACUGGAUGAGCAGAAGUUGAACCGGAGUAUCUCACUAGAGCAAAACCUCAACAAUGCGGCCUCAUUUUAUCUCAACAACCUCACAGAGGAGAACCUCAUUGCCCGGAUUCUGGAGAAGACCAAAACAGACAGCAAUGCUUCUGGUGAAGAUAUCAAAGCUUGUCUGGACAUCCUGCUGAAGUGCUCAGAGGAUCUAAAGAAGUGCACAGACAUUAUAAAGCAGUGUAUAAAGAGGAAGUCCAUGAUUGGAGAUGGUGAUGAUUCUGGGAAUUCUGAUGCUAUUUACAAAACCAUGAUGGCACGACUUUCUAGCUACCUAAAGAAAUUGCCUUUUGAGCUUGAUCUUGGGCAUACAGGAAGAUCAGAGCAUACCGAUCUAUCUGAACUGGUCAACACUCUUCAUGGACUUCAGCAAAGACCUUUCUCACCUUUUGGGAAUGAACAACCUCCUCGAUAUGAGGAUGUGGUCCAGUCCCCUCCAUUAACAAAAGUCCAGACUAAACCAUCAUCUUGCUCGACUCUGGAGGCUCUCGAUGGCACCAGAGAUCUCCCAGGAAGUUUAACAUCUCCUCCAAGCCUUGUUAUGUCACUUCCUGCUAAUGGACUGCAGUACUCCAACCUUCCAUCUUCUACCAGCAGUACCACACUAUCCACCCUUCAUUAUCCCAUAUCCACUGGCCGCCAUGAUGCCUCCUCCUCCUCGUCCAACAAAAACCCCUCGAUGGAGACCUUGUACAUUGAGGAGGAUGCUGAUUCAGGUCGAGCCCUAGAUAGGAAGCAGGGUUCUAGUGUUUCAGAGUCCAGGCAGCUUUCAAGGAAACAUGACAUGAUGUCAACUCCCAUUGCUGUGAUUACUGACCAACUUCCUGAUCUCAGUAGAAAUGGAACUGUAUAUACACCCAAAACUGAACCAGGAACCAGCCAGACCUACAUGCCAUCAAACAGCACAGACUCAAGGACACUAUCUAAGUCGGCUCCACGUCUAACCAGGGAAGGUGCAGAUGAGAUUGAUAAACUAUUAAUGGACUUGGAGUGUCUCUCUCAGAACAUACAGAAGGAACCUCCACUACCACCAAAGCAGAGACAUAUAAACGCAUACCAAAGAAAUCUCCACAGUGGACCCCCAAUGACUAACGGUCCUCCUUGUCUGAAUCCAAAUCCUUCUUCCAUCUCGUUCUCCAAAUCUUCGAAUCGAAACGCAGAAGAAGCUGGUGAGGAAGACGAUGGUGCUCUCCUGCUACGGAUUCUGGAGAGCAUUGAGAGCUUUGCUCAGGAGCUGGUGGAUUCCGGAGCCAAAACGGGAACUCAGUCAAAAGAGUGUGAGGUAAUGCGUCUCCUUCAAGACACGUUGACAAAGACUGACAUGAGUUCAGAAACUGUUCCUGCACCUGAAACGACACCAGGGCCUUCACCUUCAGCUACACCCUUUACUUUAGCUGCACCUGGACCUGUAAAUGUACCUUCAGUGACUCCUACUAAAGUUCUGAGUCCUUUUGUCCCUGGGAGAGACACAGGAUCUACUAUCCUCAUCCAGCAGACGCCAGAGGUCAUCAGGAUCCAGCCGGAGAAGAAACCCGUCUCUCCUCCUCCUCCUCCAAUCCCUCGUUCCCCCUCUCCUCCUCCACCUGCCCCCCCUCCUCCCACCGUUAACAUUCCACGCUUUUAUUUUCCCACGGGUCUCCCAAACCUCACUGUUAAUAUCGACGAGGCCAUUGGGAAAGUCGAGGCGGCCUUCACCAAGCUGCAGGAGGAAAAAGCAGACAUCUACGAGAUGGCCAAGAUCGCCAAGGCAUGCGGGUGUCCGCUGUACUGGAAGGCCCCGAUGUUUAACUGUGCAGGAGGAGAGAGGACUGGCUUCGUCUCCGUCCAUUCGUUUAUCGCCACAUGGCGAAAGUUGUUACACAGCUGCUACGAUGAUGCGUCCAAGUUUGUUUACUUGCUGGCCAAGCCGGGCUUCACGUACCUGGAGCAGGAUGACUUUAUCCCCCUCCUACAGGACAUCGUGGACACUCAUCCUGGUCUGACAUUUUUAAAAGAUGCUCCCGAAUUCCAUUCCCGCUACAUCACCACCGUGAUCCAGAGGAUAUUUUACACAGUGAACCGUUCGUGGACAGGCAGGAUCACCAUGACUGAGCUCAGGAGAAGCAACUUCCUGCAGACCCUGGCCCUGUUGGAGGAGGAGGACGAUAUUAAUCAGAUCACAGAUUAUUUCUCUUAUGAACAUUUUUAUGUCAUUUAUUGUAAGUUCUGGGAGCUCGAUACCGACCACGAUCUCUUCAUCGACCCCAAAGAUCUCUCUCGCUACAACGACCACGCUUCAUCCAGCAGGAUCAUCGAAAGGCUUUUCUCAGGAGCUGUUACUCGGGGAAUCUCUGUCCAGAGAGAAGGGCGUAUGAGUUAUGCUGAGUUUGUGUGGUUCCUCAUCUCAGAAGAGGACAAGAAGAACCAGACGAGUAUAGAGUACUGGUUCCGCUGUAUGGAUCUAGAUGGCGACGGCGUCCUCUCUAUGUAUGAGCUGGAAUUUUUCUAUGAGGAACAGUGUGAGCGGAUGGAGGGGAUGGGAAUAGAACCUCUUCCCUUCCAAGAUCUACUGUGCCAGAUGCUUGACCUCGUCAAACCAGAGAGCUACGGUAAGAUCACGCUGCGUGAUCUGAAGCGCUGCAGGAUGGCCCACAUCUUCUUCGACACGUUCUUCAACCUGGAUAAAUACCUGGACCACGAGCAAAGAGAUCCGUUCUCUGUACAGAAGGAUGUGGACAGUGAGGGUCCAGAGCCCUCAGACUGGGAUAAGUACGCAUCAGAGGAGUACGAAAUCCUGGUAGCAGAGGAGACUGUCAGUGACCAGCUACAUGAUGGGUCUUUUGAGGACGACUAUGAGUGUGAGGAGCUUCCCGUUACAUCCGACAUCGGAAGCAAAAUAGACAAACUGGUAAUCUCUGAUCUCUCUCCGUAAGGGACAUGAAGACGGAACACACACUCUUCUACAGCGCAGAAAAAGACUCUGUGUGUGUGUGUGUGUGUGUGUGUGUGUGUGUGUGUGUGUGUGUGUGUGUGUGUGUGUGUGCGUGAGAGAGAUUGUAAACUUCCACCAAGGCUUCAGUACGUUCAGUGUCUUAACCAUUUCACAAACAAACUCCGUCCGGCUGUUCCAUCACUCAGUGUGUUAUAUAUAAAUAAACAUAAAAAAAUAAA